GAGCAAUUACUGACCUUAAAAUACAAGUUUAGACGAGAUUUUUCUAAGGCAUUGAUGUCCAGGGACUUGCAUCUGAUCACAAAAAAAUCUCAUCACAGAAUCAUUUCACUUUACAAACCUCAUCUGAGGUCUACAGAAUGAUGGCGUCUGUUUCAGAGCACCUCGUGAACUCACUAUAUGAGCUGGAAAAAGCUGAACUGAAAAAGUUUCAAUGGUACCUGAAGAAACGUGAUGAUAUUUCAGCUUCUGAAUUGGAGAAUGCAGAUGUCUUAGAUACUGUAGAUAAGAUGGAGAAAUGUUACAGACCAGAAGGAGCAGUGAAGAUCACACUGAACAUACUGAAGAAGAUGAACCAAAAUGAUCUGGCUGAACGUUUAGAGAACAAAUACAAGGAAGUUGCAGUUGACAGUAAAGCUGCUGAUGGUUAUUACACUGAGCUCAGCAACAGACUGAAGACGUUCUUGAAACAGGUAUAUGUGCGGAUACUGGACGGUAAUUCACAGACUGGCCAUCAGAAAUACCUAAAUGAUAUUUUCACUGAUCUCUUCAUAGUGGAGAAUGAGACUGGUGGAGCAAUAAGUGAGCACGAAGUGAGACAGAUUGAAUUAACUCUCAACCGAAGAGCUGCUGAGGACUUGCCAAUCAAAUGCAAUGACAUCUUUAAGCUCCAGGGUGAUCGACGAAACAGAAAAGUGCUGACGAUGGGCAUCGCUGGUGUGGGAAAAACUGUCUCGGUCAAUAAAUUCAUUCUUGACUGGGCUGAAGGAAAGGAAAAUCAGGAAAUCAACUUCAUUUUCCCUUUUCCCUUCCGUCAGCUGAAUUUGAUUGAAGAGGACUGCAGUCUAAUGGAACUGAUUCACAAACACUUUAGUUGCGUUAAACAACUGCUAUCAUUACCUGAAGAGGAUGGUAAGGUCAUGUUCAUCUUUGAUGGCCUGGAUGAGUUUAGAUACACUUUGAGCUUUGAUGAUAAUAAGAGAUUGACAGAUGUUCAUGAACAAUCAAAAGUGGGUGUCAUAGUUACAAACCUGAUCGAGAAAAAUCUGCUUCCUUCUUCUCUCAUCUGGAUCACCUCCAGACCAGCAGCAGCCAAUAAGAUCCCUCGAGAUUACAUUGACCAGGUGACAGAGGUCCGAGGAUUUAACGAUGAGCAGAAAGAAAAAUACUUCACCAAAAACAGCAACCCUGAUGUGGCAGAGAAAAUCAUCUCACACAUGAAAAAAUCCAGGAGUCUUUACAUCAUGUGUCAAAUUCCUGUCUUCUGCUGGAUCUCUCUCAGCGUUCUUCAGCCUCUGCUGGAUCAAGAGGAUCAUGACAAAAUUCCCACAACCCUCACAGGAAUGUAUAUAUACUUCCUAAUUUCUCUAAUGCAACACAUGACAAAAAAAUACUGUGGUGGUCAUAAGUCUUUUGAGUAUGCUGUGUUAAAGCUUGGUAAACUGGCCUUUAAACAGCUUCAAAAAGGACACUUGAUUUUUUAUGAAGAAGAUCUUAAAAAAUGUGGGCUGGAUGUCAAAGACGGUUUGGUUUACUCUGGUUUAUGCACUCAGAUUUUUCAAACAGAAAAGCCAUUUUCUGGUAAAAAUGUCUACAGCUUUGUCCAUCUUAGCGUUCAGGAAUUCCUCGCUGCCCUCUAUGUGAUCAUCAUUUACAAAGACAAAAAGAAAAAUCCAUUUCAUCUCUCUCGAAGAAAAAAACUGAGAAGAAAAUUUGUCAAAAAUCCACUAUUUGAGCUUCAUAAGAGUGCAAUUGAAAAUGCUCUUCGGAGCAAGGAUGGACACUUGGACCUUCUCCUUCGGUUUCUCAUGGGUCUCUCGUUGGAGUCCAAUCAGAAUGAGCUAAAGGAAUUUCUGCCCACAUUCAAGAUUACGACUAAAAACAUAAAAGACACAGCUAAAUAUAUCAGAAAAAAAAUUGAGAAAGCAGAAUCACCGGAAAAGAGCAUCAAUCUCUUCUACUGUUUGAAUGAACUGAAAGAUGAUUCACUGAUCACAGAAAUACAGAAGUAUCUGAAUAAAGGAGAUCUUGCAGAACAUCAUCUCUCUUCCACUCAGUGGUCUGCUCUGGUGUUUGUGCUGCUGAUGUCAGAAGAGACUCAAGAGUCGUUUGACCUUCAGAAAUACAGAAGAUCUGAUGAUGCUCUGAUUCGACUUCUGCCAGUGAUUAAACACACUAGAAGAGCUCUUCUACAAAGCUGUAAUAUCAAUGGUAAGUGUUGUGAAAGUUUGUGUUCAGCUCUUCAAUCCUCAAACUCCUCUGUGAGAGAUCUGGACUUGAGUAACAAUGACCUGCAGGAUUCAGGAGUGAAGCUCAUCUCUGAUGCUCUCAAGAGUCCAGACUGUAAACUACACACACUGAGAUUGUCCAUCUGUAACCUUACUGUUGAGUGUUGUAAAAGUUUGUCAUCUUGUCUACAAUCAUCAUGGUGUCUCCUGAGAGAUCUGGACUUGAGUAACAAUGACCUGCAGGAUUCAGGAGUGAAGCUCAUCGCUGAUGCUCUCAAGAGUCCAGACUGUAAACUAGAGAUACUGAGAUUGUCCUGUUGUCAUCUGACUGGUGAGUGUUGUGAAAGUUUAUCUUCAUCUCUAAAUACCUCAACGGGUCUCCUGAGAGAUCUGGACUUGAGUAACAAUGACCUGCAGGAUUCAGGAGUGAAGCUCAUCUCUGAUGCUCUCAAGAGUCAAGACUGUAAACUAGAGAUACUGAGAUUAUCAGGUUGUAUGGUGACAGAUGAAGGUUGUUGUUAUUUGGCUUCAGCUCUGAGUUCAAACCCAUCAUCACACCUGAGAGAGCUGGAUCUGAGCUACAAUCACCCACAACACUCAGGACGCCAGAUGCUCUCUCAGAGACUCAGUGAUACAAAAUCUACACUCUACAAACUCAAUUUGGAUCAUGGAGGAGAGUUCAGAAUUUCAGCAGGACUACACAAGUAUGCCUGUGAUCUCACACUGGAUCCAAACACAGCAAACCCUCACCUCAAACUGUCUGAAAACAACAGAAAGGUGACAUCUGUGAAAGAUCCUCAGCCGUAUCCUGAUCAUCCAGACAGAUUUGAUAAAUGCUUUCAGGUUCUGUGUAAAGAGAGUCUGACUGGACGCUGUUACUGGGAGGCAGAAUGGAACGGCUCAAGCACUGUUAUAUCAGUGAUGUAUAAAAGUAUUGUCAGGAAAAGAACAUGCCUUACCAGUAUGUUUAAAGCCAAUGCAAAUUCAUGGUGUCUGGAGUUCUCUGCGGAGGGCUUUACUGCCCACCCAAAUAAUAAUUCUACCUCAAUAUCUGCACCUUCACCUCCAUCUAAGAGAGUAGGAGUUUAUCUGGACUGGUCAGCGGGCACUCUGUCCUUCUACAGCGUCUCUGAUAAACAAAAACUCACACACUUGCACACAUUCAACGCAACAUUCACACAACCUCUAUAUGCUGGAUUUAUAUUGUUUGAUUUUAACUCCUCAGUGUCUUUGUCACAGCAAUCUUAUUUAACAAUCUUAGACACCAACAGUCAUUCAUUUAAAACAGACGAAGACGUGUAAACUUAAUGUGUAAAUCUUACAAUUUUUUUAAACCUGUCACAUUUGUGUUUAGAAAAGAAUUAAAAUGCAGUAAAGCAUUAUAAGAAUAAUAUACUCAUUUCAGGGUUUUAGAUAGUUAUUUAGAUAGGUAAAUAGCUUACCUUAGAUUAAAUGCAUUAAUAUAACUUUAGUUAAAAUGGUCCCGCUAUAGUCUUAAGAUGUCAAUAUUUCACUUUUGUGAAGUGUAUGGUGCUGACGUGCAAAUUCUUUAUGUAAACUUGUGCUAUUAUAUAUUUUUUCUUUUUAGGGCCAAUUCAAUGUAAGAUGGAAAUGCAUGUCUAGUUUAAUAUGACACACUGUAUAAAAUGCAUGAUGAAGUUAAAACAACUUGCUUAUGCAGGUCAAAUCAACCUACUAUUUUAGGUUUUGUGACAAGUUGAUUUAACUUAUAAAACUUUAGAAAAAGGUCUAAAUUGUUUAAAUUGAUUUGUUAAGUUAAAGUAACAUAAAUAUAUUUUGAUUUAAUAUACACUGUUAACAAAUCUUAGCAUUUUUGUCAAAUCAAAAGAUAUUUUUAUGUUAUUUAGUUUAACUUAAAAAAAUAAUAAUAGUUUAGACUUGUUUUAUAAGUUAUGUCAACUUUUUUAAGAGAAAACUUAAAAUGGUCAUAAGGUCAUCAAGCUUCACCUUUGUUAUUGUUUUAAAACAAUAAGCGAAAUCUAGUGGUGACAUCCUACAAAUUGUACAAACAAAACUGGCAAACAACUUUGUAUAUGAACAAAUUAAAAAUUAUUAACUACAGUGAUCCAAAUAACAUCAGCUACUUUUGUGUGCCAUAACAUAUAUUACAUAAUUUGAAAGAUAGGAUUACAGACUUUGAAACAUUACCUCCACUGAUAUACCCGGACAUUGUUAACUAUAUUAUAUUUAACUUGUAAACAGUUUAAAUAAAAGCUUUUUUAAGUG